GAAUGGUGUCGCGAGCCCGCGAAGACUGGUGAAAGAGUGCAUUUCUGUUGAGCCAGCUGUUGGUGAUGUCUGGACGAAACGGUAAAUUACAGUGCGUGCUCGAGGUGACUUUUAAGUACACGUGAUUUGGACUUUAUUGGAAAAAAAAGGAGAAAGUCUUGAAGGAGAAAAAAUCUUGGAGUGAAACCGAAGACACCGUGAUGUGAGAACAAACAUCUUCUAUUAAUUAAAAAUCAAGUGAAGAAAUCCGCGAACGGGAACAUUUAGUACAGUUACAUAAAAACAACGCGACAGAAUAUUUCGAAUUGUGUUUUUCGUGGCGAUGAAUUGUACGUGAAGUGAGUUGCAAUGACGGUCACAAUGGAAAAAAGGAACCACCAUCACAGAAAAAGCUCGUGGGACUCGAAGAUGUCGGUUAGUACCAUAAGCACCGGCCCAAGGCACUUCCGGCGGUCCCCCAGCUCGAUCUUGUCCUCCGACUCCGACAUCCGUUUCACGCGCAAAAAACUGACGUCGCAGUACCGAUGCGGCUGUUGCAUUCUUGCGACUUUCCUCCUCCUGCUGCUAAUUGCCGCAGCAGCGGUUUAUAUCGGCUAUACGUAUUUCAUGCCCGAGGCGGCCCCCGAGCAAGUCUUCCGGGGGACUUUCCGGGUGAUCAAGGGCGAUUUUUUCACACCUGACUUGACGGACACCAACACGACGAAAUUCAAGAACCGGUCGCGGAGCUACACCGAGCGACUCAACCUGCUGUUCCGGAGGAGUCCCGUGGGACACGGGUUCAUGGGCACGGAGGUGCUCGCCCUGGACGGGACCGAGGGCAAGGACUUGAUCGUCCACUUCAACGUGCACAUCGACCCCACGUACACCAUCGUGCAAGCCAGGGACGUGGAGAAGAUCUUGGCCAAGGAAAUAACUCUGGACGAGUCCCUUUUCUUCCAGAAUUUGACGAUUGAUGCGAGCAGUCUCGAAGUUAAAUCCGUCGACUUGCUGCUGGACAGCACCACGACCUCCUCGCCGUCGACCGAGCCCCAGAGGGUGACCCAGACGCCGGCGCCGCCGCGCAAGUGCUUUCCGCUGCAGCUGAAGUACUGCACCAAGUUGCCCUACAACGUGACCACGUACCCCAACCUGAUGGGGCACCGCAACGUGAUCGAAGUCAAAGACAACGUGAUCACGUUCCGGGAGCUGGUCGAUGCCGAGUGUUACCGGCACGCUUACGACUUUAUUUGCCAGAUUUUGCAGCCGUCUUGCGUUUCGGGGGAAGGACAGGACGAAAUGAUUCUUCCGUGUCGCAGUUUUUGUCGCGAGUUUAUGGCAGGUUGUGGUGCGCGUCUGUCGGAAAAAAUGAAAGAAUCGCUCGAUUGUAGCCAGUUUCCGGAAUAUAGCUGUGCAGCAAAGCCGGGUUGUGUGGAGGAAUUGCAGGCACGUGCGCUGUCGCCACGUGUUUGUGACGGUGUGAUCGAUUGUCAGGAUUUGUCGGAUGAGAGGUCGUGCACUUAUUGUCCGAAGGAUUAUAUUCAUUGUGGGAGUGGGAGGAGUUGUAUUAGGGAGAGUCAGAGGUGCGACGGGAGGCAAGAUUGUCCCGAUGGCAGCGAUGAACGAGCCUGUUUGAGCCUAACCCCGAGUAUAGAAACGGUCCGAAAAGUCGAAAUCGUGACGCCACACCUCACGCGUUACCAUUCCGAAGGCUUCGUGGCUUUCAACGAAAAGGGCGAAAUCGGCAAACUAUGCACCGAAAACCUGAACCACAGUCUUCCGGUUAACAAAACAACCGAAGUCCUGCACACCGUCGCCUCCUCUUUGUGCAAAACCCUCUCCUACCAAAACAUUUUAUCCGUCCAAGUGGAAAAAGACCUGGAAAGUAACAUAUCCUACGUCAGCAUGAAAGACCCGCUAGCGCCGGAAAUCAGUUUCGUGAGGUCGCCCUGUUUCAGCAAACAAGUUCUCAAAGUCGCCUGCUCUAAUUUAGAGUGUGGCAUCCAGAGUGCGUUUGGAACUUUGCCCAAAAUGGCGGCUCAUGGCGACUGGCCUUGGCAUGUGGCCCUUUUUAAAGAGGACGUCCAUAUUUGCGACGGCACUUUGAUUUCGGCAGACUGGGUUAUAACCACGACUUCGUGUUUCCAAGGGCAACCGAAAGCCGAGUGGACCGCUCGGUUCGGUUCGGUUCGGUUGCUAAGCACCUCGCCAUGGGAACAAGAGCGCAGGAUUGUGGGAAUGGUCAAGUCACCGGUCGAAGGUAGCACUGUUGCAAUGGUGAAACUUGACCAAAAUGUAAUUUACAACGACUUUGUGCGUCCGAUUUGUCUCCCGGAUGAUAGUCUGGUGUUGCAACCUGAGGCCAACCUGGACUGCAACACCCUAGGCUGGGCCAGGAACAGGGAGCAGUUGCAAAGGGUUCAAGUCAAGGUCACACCAAUGGAAAAGUGCGAAAAUGUCAGUAUUUCGACCGUUAAUAGUCUUUGUACGGAGACUUUUUACGGGAAGGACGAUUGCAAUGAGGAGGAGUUUGCCGGAAGUCCGAUGGUUUGUCAUAAUUCGAACACCAAAACUUGGACUUUGGUGGGUGUUACGAACUGGAGGAUUGCCUGCUCGAGUAAUAGUGUUCAAAGGCCGCGAAUGUACGAUAAAAUCACGUCGAAUAUUAACUGGAUUAGGGAGACCAUGAAGGCGGCGAAAACGUGAAAAUUAUGUGCCAAUUAACUGCGAGAGACUGACGGAGCGUGAGCGACCUGUGUGUAGAUAUUUUGUUGUUUCAUAUUUUAACACUGAAAAUAUAUACUUUUUUAUUA